AUGCACAAGCACGGCAUGAAGUCCUGGGUCGUCCCGUGUGCGGUCCUCGGAUCCGUGGGGGCGAAGUGGGCCGUCGGGCUGAGCUCGUAUUCUGGACAGGGUACGCCGCCUAUGUACGGGGACUACGAAGCCCAGCGGCACUGGAUGGAGCUCACCAUCCAUCUUCCUGUGCGCGAGUGGUACAAAUAUGACCUGCAGUAUUGGGGCCUCGACUAUCCACCACUUACUGCAUACGUCUCGUGGCUGUGCGGUGUUGUAGGGUCUUGGAUAAACCCAGCUUGGUUUGCGCUCGACGCGUCGCGUGGGAUCGAGAGCGAAGGCAGCAAAGUAUACAUGCGUACGACCGUGCUCAUACUAGACACACUCGUGUAUCUUCCCGCUCUCUUGCUCUUCGUGCGCGCAUGGCACGCCAACCGAUCGUUUCGGACUCAGGAAACAGCUCUUCUCACUUUGCUCCUCCAACCCGCACUGCUGGUAGUCGAUUUCGGUCACUUCCAAUAUAACUCGGUCAUGUUGGGACUCACUCUUCUUGCUUUGAAUUGUUUCGCUACCGGCCGUGAUCUGCUUGGUGCAUUCUUUUUUGUCUUAAGUCUUGGAUUCAAGCAAAUGGCGCUCUACUAUGCACCGGCUAUCGGCUCGUAUCUCCUAGGGAAAUGCUUGUAUCUCGGAUCCGUUCACGGUCCCAGACACUUUGUCAACUUGGCAGUAGUCACCGGCCUAACAACUCUCGUGCUCUUUCUUCCUUUCCUACCACCGCUUGCUCCUUUGGCAGCCAUCCUCGAUCCCAUCACGCGGAUAUUUCCAUUCAACCGUGGUCUGUUUGAGGACAAGGUUGCAAACUUCUGGUGCGCGAGCGACGUGCUGAUCAAAUGGCGGAGGCGCCUCGGACCUAAGGCACUUGUCCGCCUUGCGACUGCACUCACUGUGCUCGGAUUUCUGCCCGGUGCUGCAGGGCUGCUAUACAGCGGAUGGAGGCUGAAUCCUCAGCCUGUGACUGUGGACUCGAUGAAGGGGGACAAGGACACGGGCGACGUGAGGAAAGCAGCGGUGAGGGAGCCGGCGCCGAUCAUGGCGCUGCUCCCAUAUGCGCUGCUCACGUCAUCCAUGUCCUUCUUCCUCUUCUCGUUCCAGGUGCACGAGAAGACAAUCCUCCUGCCGUUGAUGCCGCUCACGCUACUGUUGUCCGGCGCAGGUGAGGGGUCUGAGACACGGGAGGUGGGCGCUCUGGCGAGCAAUGUCGCUAUGUUCAGCAUGUGGCCAUUGUUGCAAAGGGAUGGGCUGGGUGUGCCGUAUGUUGCGCUCACAGUCUUGUGGAAUCGCCUGCUUGGAUAUAACCCAUUCCGCAUACCAUCGAAGUCCUACCUGCAGUACCUCGCUCUCGGGGUCCAUAGUACAUGUGUGUUAUUGCACAUCCUCGAGGCCCUUUUCACGCCACCGGCGCGAUAUCCGGACCUGUUCCCCGUGCUGAAUGUUUUGGUGUCGACUCCCGUUUUUGGGCUGGUAUGGUUGUGGAGUGUGCGUCGCGGCGUAGAGGCAGGUUGGGCCCUUGGAGGGCUAGGCUCAAAAUCGGCAAGCACGCCGAAGCCUGCGAAAAUCGAGGUCAAUGGCUAUGAUGACGCUGCGACUGCUAGCAAUAAGCAAAGCAUCGGGCGCGAGGCUGGCGCACGAGCGAUAAGCCUAGGGUACGCGCAGGGACGAAGGAGGCAUGGACAUCGUAAUGACAGCAUCAGUUCAGUAUUGAGCGGGGUGAAUUGAGGAGAGCGGGAGCAGAACUGACCCUGGGUCUCUUAUUACUUACUACUGUCGCUAGCUGUCGAUGUUUAUCUAGUAAUGCUGUAUUAUUGCGGAUCC